AUGGAAGAAGGCACUAGUAGGGGUAGGAAGAAAACCACGGGUUUUGCCUGUAUUCCUGAGCUGGUGUUCGAAAUCUUGAAUACUUUACCAGCCCGAGUGCUGAUCACAUGUGCGCAGGUUAACCGUCUAUGGUAUCACGUGGCAAUUUCAAUACUGCGCAGGCGUGUAUGUUGCAGUACAUUCUUUUUGUCGAAUCGUCACAUUGAACAUGACCACGCGAAAAAAUUUUCUUUGAGUCUCUACUCAAAACCAAGAGUCGUUUUCCUGUUUUCCUAUGAAGAUAUUUGGCUCUCGCGAAGGGAUAAAUCUCGUAGACGUAAUCACGAUAGACAGCUCGUAAAAUCCGUACGGCAUUUGUUCGAUGAACUUCCUGAAAACUGUCAGCUCUUAGGUUGUACUACGGAAAAAUUAAUUUAUCAGACACCUGAUGAUUUUUCCACCGGACCGGUGCAUAGGAAGCGAGGUCACGUGGUCAUAUCUUUCCCGGAAGUAGAGGGCGUAAGGUAUCACACGGUACAUAUGAGACAUUUGAGAUAUCAUCGCCGUGAUUGGUCAAGAUUAUUUAGGUUCAGCGUACGUUAUCCUAUCAAAUUAGCCAUAGUACUGGCCUUACCUCAGAGCAGAGAUAUGAUUUCUUGCGUUGCUGCAGGAGUUCGUGAGACAUUUGGUGAAAAUGUUACAAUUGUUGGCGGUGUUGGGCAUGAUCGUUUGUUUAUGGAUGGGACUGUAAGAAGAACUAGAGCCCUUGUAUUGCUGGUCAGUGGUGACUCGUUUGGAGUACGCGCUGGAUUUCUGAAUCAACCAGUGGCUAUGGCUGAUCAGCGUCCGGAUUUCUACGAGCCUGCUCGAACCAUGAUGCGAGAACUUGAAGACGAAAAUUUUCGUCCGACUGUAGCUCUACUGCUCACUUCACGAUUUGUUCACAGGGGAAACUCGUAUUUCUCAAGUGCUCACGGUAUAUUUCGAGACAAUUUUCCUACGCUCAAAUCAGGAGGAUUUUAUUCAUACGGAGAAUUUUGCAUGAGGAAUGGAGAUCCGGGAACAAGUUUGCAUCAAUGCGCGGAAUUUAUGAAGUACAAUUCUUCCGUUUUCUGUGUUUGUGGAUACAAUGACAAGACUGUUCUUUAAUGGACACUGUUAGCAAGUAGCAAGAGGAUAUGAGUGCGUUUUUUGCGGAUAAUGUUAGCAAGUGGUAAAUAUGGAUAUGACUGUUCUUUAAUGAAGAUACAAGCAUGUGACGAAAGUGAAUAUAUAUGUUCUUUAAUGGAUGUUAACUAGUGAGAUAAUGUUAGCAAGUGGUAAAUAUGGAUAUGGCUGUUCUUUAGUACAUGUUAGCAAGUGGAAAAUGCGAAUACGAAUGUUCUUUAAAGGAUAAUGUUAACUAGAGGCAAACAUAGACUUGACUGCUCUUUUACGUUUGCAAGCGCUCUAUCACCCGCUAAUCAUUGCAUUUGCACAUGAUAACGAAUGUUAUUGGAUUGUAUAAGUUAUUACCAUUGUUUAACCUGCGAAGGAAAAAAAACUUAAUUCAAUAAAGAUGGCUAAAAAUUUAA